CUCGAUGGUCAUAUACGUACUCUAUGUAUGUGAACCACAACAGCAGUCAUCGAUACAUAUAAAACAUGCCCCGCCUACACAGGACUCUCCCGCUCAUCACAGCAUCAGGCAUAGCACUCACACUCUAUGCCACCCACGCACAGCUCCACCCUCUCAAGCUCGACUCGGUAUUCCCCACAACCAAGAAAGUCAAGCACGCAUCCACCACUUUCCCGCCCUACACACCGAUCGGCUGGGGAUCAAACAGGAACCUCACGCUUAUCCCUCCUCAAUUAGACCAGGACAAGGAGAACACACAGGAGACACCGGUACUGGUAAAGCGACCCGCGCCGUUAUUACAUCUCGGAGGAACACCUUUACGGGAUUUAGUGAUUGCAGAGAAUUAUGCCGCGGCGUUGGAUGCGAAUGGGGAUUGUUGGUUAUGGGGAAAAGGGUAUGACCCGACGGGUAGAGUUGGAAAGGGACUGGUAGGCAAGGAUCUGAACACGUUGGUACCAGGCCAGUCCAAGCUAUUCGCCCUCAGCCGAUCUGGCAAGCUAUACGCCUUUUCACCCGAUUCUUCUCUCCACUCGGCUUCCUCUUCCUCUUCGACAUCGGACAACUCUAGCUGGCUAUCCUACUUUACCCCUUCACGCUCCCAAGAUAUCCCGCACGUCGAACUCGAAGCCAAUGGCGGUCUGUCCUGGGGCGAGAAAUGGAAACAAGUAGCCGUAGGCAGCCAUCACUUGUUGGCGCUUACCACCAAAGGCAGAGUAUUUUCCAUGCCGCUUUCUGAAAAGGGAAAUGAUUUCCGUCAACUCGGGACGAGAGAAGAACUCGUCUCUAGCAAACCCCUCCUUGCCCCUUCCUCCACCCCUUCUUCCUCUUCCCAGCCAUCGAAAGAUAUCAUCUACCGAACCCACCUUGAUCCCAUCCCAUCUCUCUCUACCAUCCCCAUCACCCGCAUCGCCACAGCCUCCCACACCUCGUACGCCAUCACAUCUACCUCUCGCCUCCUCUCCUGGGGCGCCAACUCGCUAGGCCAAACAGGUCUCGGCGGGUCCAACACCACCCCGCUCGUCCCGGUGCCUAUCGAGAUCGUCCUGAGCAAGGCUUACCCCGCUGGCUCACCCAUAAACGUCGAAUGUGUGGACGUAAAAGCAGGAGGUGACACCGCAUUUUUCACUGUGAAGCGGACCCAUCCGGGGAGGAGAGGAGAGUGGUUCGAUCUCUUGGCUUGUGGAAGUGGCUUGAUGGGAGCGUUGGGCACGGGAUCGUACAGCUCCGCCCAAGGUGUCCCCGGAAAAGUCAAGGUCAUUAGCGGGCUACAGGAGUACAGUGAGAAGGAAAAGACAUUCAAGCCGCUGGGUAUAUAUCAGUUGAGCGUGUCGCCUUCAGCGGGUGCGAGUGUGGGAGUCGGUGGAGGAGAAGGGGAGGGAGGGAUGGGAGGGACGCAUGUGUUUGCGGUGCUGGAUACAUUGAGAGGCGGGGAAGGGAAAGAAUAUGGACGGGAUGUGUUUGCGUGGGGUGCGAAUGUGGAAUACCAAUUGGGCAUGGGUAAACGUACAUCCAUCCCUAUUCCGACGUAUAUCCCAGCCUUGGGCAGUAAACCUGAUCGAAGCGGGGGCUGGAGUGGGAACGAGCUGGAUGCAGCUGGUGUUGAUGCCAACCGACUCCAACUCCACACCUCCCCCUCCAUCCCAGCCUACUCCCCAACGGGCCAACUAUUGAGACGAAGAGUCAAGUGUGAAGAGACAAUCGUAGCUGGGUGUGGGUGUAGUGUUGUUUAUUGGAAGAUUGUGGAGUAGCGGAAGUGUUGAACGUUGAACGAAAGGAGUGAGACCCGAUGCGAGAGAACAAAAGGGGCGUGGCGUGAGGGGUGAAGGGUGAAGGAUGAUAUAUCAGCAUUAUUAUACUUCUCAUUACACACUUGUAAAUAUAAACAUGAAUC